AUGGCGGUAAAUCAGCUCUUUGCUGUCCUCAGGGAAGAAAUUGUACAGUCAUCGCAGCAAAACGCGACGGCAAAACCUUUGAGCCAGCUUUUUACAACAGACCUUACCACACCUUUGCAGAAAUGCGGUGACCUCUGCUGUCCCGGGGGAAUGAAAUGCCAGGGCACAGAUCAAUGCGUCAUCGAUGAUUCGGUUCCUGCUUCCUCAAGUGCCGCACCAUCGUCCACCUCAAGCUCUACAGCUGCACCUUCAGCUUCAUCCGCUAAAGGAACUCCAAGUCCCUCAUCGAAACCGAGCUCCUCAAAAUCCGGUGCAUCACCGACCAACACCGCCACAAAUGCGAAUGUUCUAGCAACGGCACAUUGCAACCAGUUCGCGACACCUGGAGUCCUAGUGGGCUUCUUUUCCGGCCUUGCCGCCGGUAUCAUAACAACAAUCCUUUGCAUCUGUUGCAUAGGCCGCACUCGCUCUGCUAAGCGAGAUAGUGGAGAUCUUUCGAGCGUACAAGCUUCAGUUUCGGACCCUAUAUACAAUCAGAACGCAAAUGCCUAUCGAACAGACUUCCUACGGCAUGGCGCCGGUCCUUCAAAGGCGGGUCAUCGAAUGUCUCGCGCAUCUUCCAAAGUCAAGUCGUACUUUUCAAAGUCACCGACCGUAAAGAGUGGAUCUUCGACUGCGAAUUUGACGGGAUCGAAAACCCCGAGAACACCAAAGACGCCUUCGUCGAAAAGAGAACCUAGUAUGGAGAGUAUCAGAAUCUACAGUCCGCCAAAUAUGGGCUCGGAUAGGCCUGGGACAAGCAAUACCACAUGGGCGGAGAUGAUGUCUCACGUAGGACUGAAAGAGAACGAACCAUAUAUUGGAAGCCCAGGUAGAGUCGAUCCAAGAAGUAGGCGACUGGGUGAUGUAUGA